UACUUAUAUAUUGAUAUAUUGUAUGUAAGAUAUAAAUCCCACACAAUUUUAUAUAAUAAAUUGAAAAAUUAAAUUAAUAAUAUAAGAUAUCAUUUAAGAUUUAACUUGUUCAUAAUUUAUUAUAAUGGGGAAUUGUCUACGAAGUAUGAUAAGGAGAUUACCAAAGAAACAUAAUUCAGAAAAAAGUAUAACUCUUCUUAUUGUCGGCCUAGACAAUGCAGGAAAGACUUUAAUUUUAAAUCAUAUACGUGGUGACCCCGAUAAGCAUGUACUACCAACAAUGGGAUUUCGAAUUAUAUGUUUAAAAUAUAAAUCUUAUACUAUAAAAAUAUAUGAUCUCGGUGGUAGCAUACAAAUUAGAUCACUGUGGCCAAAAUAUUAUAAUGAUAUACAUGGUCUUAUAUAUGUGGUGGAUGCUAGUGAUAUUUCCCGUCUUGCAGAAAAUAAAGUCGUAUUUGGUGAAUUAGUUGCGCAUGAAAGUAUUUCAGGAAAACCAUUAUUAUUGCUUGCCAACAAACAAGAUUUAAAUGGGGCAAUCGAUGAAUUGGACGUUGUAGACAAUUUAGACGUGGAACAUAUUGUAAAUACUACACGAUGUCCUACAAGAGUUGAAACUUGUUCGUGUUUCUCUGAAAAAGAAAAUGUGAAAAAUAGAAAUACUUUAGGCAUUACAAAUGGAUAUAAAUGGUUAUUAGAUACAAUACUGAGAAAUUAUACUGUAUUAAAUAAUAGAGUUAAACAAUCUCAAAACAUAGUCAAUGAAGAAUUAAAAAACCAAAGAGUUACGAAGGAUUGCAAAUAUUCUCCACCUAAAUUAUCAGUACACUCUAAUCCUUUUAAACCAAUAGCAGAACUCUUAUCUAAAAAGGAAGGAAAUAAUACAGAAAAUAAUUUGGUCAAUGGUGUUAUUAAUGGACAAUCAUUUAAGAAACUUUUUAUGUCAAAUAAGACUGCACCACUUCCAUCUGAAAAUGCAUUUAAUAUAAAUGAAGAUCUAUCUUUGCAUGAUAGUUUUAAUGUAACACCUGUAGUACAAAAAAGUACUCAAACUAGUACUGUAAUAGAUUUACCAAGUUUUGAUUUGCAUCGUAAUGAUGAAAAAAAUAACAGACGUCACCGUCCAAACACAGCACCAGCAAGUUCUACAUUACAUAAUAAUACGUUAUCAAUAAUAAGUAUUCCUGGACAAGUUCUUCAGUAAUGACGUUCAUUAUAUAUUUUUGGGGCCAAUAUGUAUAAAGAGGUGAAUUAAUGAAAUAGAAGUAUUAGUCGAAUCAUGUCAUAUAGAAAGUAAUUUUUACUGAAAAAUUUAAUAUAUCACAAAAAAAGAACUUUUUUCAUUUUACAUUUUUAUUGUAUACUACAAAGUCAUACAAAUUUUAUAAAGGUACGACAAGUGUAUAUAAUAUAAAGUACAUUCAAUUAUUAAAAAAUCACAGUAUGUGUAUGUGAUGAUGCUAUCUUAUUUAUAAAAUAUAUUUAUUUGUGUUUGGUGAAGUUAUUUUCAUAGAAUUGUUAUAAUAAUAGAUUUACAUGGUUAACGCAUGUUCUAUCACAAUUCAUAGAAUGGUAAACAGUGGAACUUUUUUUAUCAUAAAUGCACUUUUCGUUGUAAAUAUUUAUCAAUUUAUGUAGUGUAUACAAAUAUAUAUUGCAAAUGUAAAAAUAUUAAGUAACCUGAUAAAAUCAUUGGAAUAAAACUUAAUAAAUAUAUAUUAUAACUAAAUGGUAAUCAGACUAUUACAUAGAUGUACUUUAUGGCAGCACCUCACAAAUGAAAAAAGUUUUGAAAAAUAAUCAUAAUGUCUGUAAAUAUACAAAAUGUAAAAAAAAAUUUAUAAUUUUAGUUAUAAUUUCAUUAACGUGUAAAAGCAGAGAAAUUUGUACUUCUCCUUAAGUCUAGUAUAUCAUAUUUGUGUACAUUGUAAUUCUUCUAAAUUCGUUAAUAUAUAAAUGCAGCAAGUAAUGGCAGUAAUGCACAUAGAAAAAUAGUAAUACAUGUUAUCUAAAUAAAGUCCAACACAUAUAUACAAAAUAUAUGUGCUACAAUAAGAUAAAAUGUAUUACUUAUAUAUAGGUACAUAAUGUGAAUCUUAUAACAUUAAACUAAGCACCAUUGAUAGGCGCUGUGAAUUUUAUUAGACGAGUUAACAUCGAAGUAAUGCAUGGAAUUUGUUUUUGUUGAUGCAUGGUAAUAUUAUCAGGAGUAUUAGAUUCGUAAUCUAUUGCAACUCGUUGGCAGACAAAAGUAAGUAGAGUUAACAAAUCAUAUCGCAUUCCAAAUUCUCUUAAUUCCAUGCAUAAUGCUUGUAUAAACCAUGAUCCACGUGUCGUAUUUCUCCAUGAAUAAUAACCUAUGUACGUAGAAAUUAUUUUAAAUAAAUUAAUAAUAAAUUAAUAAAAAA